ACCAAACAUAUACACACAAACCCAAGACAAAGAAGAAGAAGGAGGAGGAGGAGGAGGAGGAGGGAAAUGGAAGUUUCAAUGGAAGAGCGUAAAAGGUCAGGAGAAGAAACAUAUAAUUUUUACAGCCCAUGUCACCUCUUCAACCAACUUGUCAAUGCUUGCUUCCAGUGCUUUGGUCGUGAUCAAGACCAUGAAGAUGAUCAACAUCACUCCACAACUCUUCUCACUGCUCACAGAAACUCUCAUUCACAGUCAGAAAGAGCCAUGAAAACAACUGAAGAGGAAGAGUUCGUGGUGGAGUCGAGGGCAAUAAGAGUGAGAAAGAAGCCACAGAGGCCACCGGUGGCCUCUGGAGGAGGAGGUCAAACCAACUGAUCCUCUCUUCAUUAUAGUUAGACUGGGCUCUCAUAGUUGAAAGUUUCAUGGUUCAAUUAUUAGAGCUUUUUCUGGAAUGUUUUAUGUUAACAUUAUGUGUGUUUUUUGUGAAUGUAAAAGUGGAGGGGCAAAUUGUCGUGAUUCAAUUGUUGUGUUUGCAUUUGUCUCUAUCCUCCAUCUAUCUGACUGUCUCUCUAAUCGUGCCCUUCUUUUUGCUACAUUCGAUACUCUGUUUGUCUUCCAUGUGCAACCCACUUUAUUGCAUGCAUGAAUGAAACAGUUCAUUUGGCAAA